AUGAGCAUCUGGGAAACUUGCCAAGCUGGCAAUUUAGAGGAAUUCAAGAAAGCCAUAAACAAAGAAAAUGUCAAUGAAGUUAAUGAAGAAGGUUUAUCCAUUCUGUUAUACGCUAUCCAGCAAAAACAAUCCGAAAUGGUCAACGUUAUCAUAAAAUUGAAAGGAGACCUCACCUUUAAAGAUAAAGAAGGAAGAGAUGCAAUCAUAUAUGCAGCAAUUUAUGGAUUAAAUUCCUUAGUUGUUGUCUUAUAUAAAAACAAAGCUCCGUUAGACACAGUUGAUAGCUCUGGUCGUAAUGCAUUGCAUUAUGCAUCAGAAAAGGGAACUAAAUCAUCAAUGGAUUUCUUCUUAAAGGCUCAUUUAAGUCCGAAUCUCCAAGAUAAGUCCGGUAAUACUCCAAUUCACUACACAAUUCUAAGUGGAGUUAAAGGUAUUAUCAAUUUAUUUGAGCCUUAUCAGCCAAACUUUAACUUACAGAACGCAGAAGGCGAAUCUCCAGCACAUUUAGCUGUUAGAAGUGAAAACUUUGCUUUAGUCAAGUAUCUUUCUAACAAGAAGCUCAACGUCAACUGGAAUCUCCAAAAUAAAGAUGGAUUAACACCAACAAUGAUUGCUGCCAAAAUGGGACUCGACAAACAGCUCGAACUGAUCUUCAAAUGUGGUGGUUCAGCAGGUACAGUACUUAAUGAUGGCUCAUCCAUUGUCCAUCUUGCCGCAGAAAGCGGAUUUGAUCAAGUCAUGCCAAUUCUUCAAGCAAACGGAGCUCCUUUCAACAUGGCGAACGAACAAGGUAUCAUGCCAAUACACAUGGCCUGCAAAUCAGGCUCAAUCAAGAUGGUUCGAGCAUUACAAAAAGCAUUAGCCGAUUUAAACGCAACAGAUUCAGCCGGAAACAUGCCAAUACAUUACGCCGUGAUGUACAAUCAUAUACAGAUUGUUGAUUUCCUUGUAGAAAACUCUGUUGACGUAAAUGCUCCAGGACACGACCAAAAACGGCCAAUCCAUUAUGCCGUUGAGAAUGAUAACAUCGAUAUGGUUAAACAUCUCAUUGAUUUGGUCUGUGACUUGAACGCGAAAGACAAAGAAGGAUUAACUCCUCUUCAUUAUGCAGUACAACGCGUGAACAUACCAAUUAUCAAUGCUUUGAUUGUUGCUGGUGCAAUGAUUAACCAGCAAACAAGGCAUGGUGAUUCUCCUUUGCAUUACGUCGCAGCUGAAAACGCUCAAGAAGCUGCGAAAUUGUUAUUUGCUGCAGGUGCAAAUGUCAAUUCAACAAAUGACAAAAAAGAAACACCAUUGCAUAUAUCAACAGAGAAAGGAAACAUCGAAUUAGUUUCUGUUUGCAUUGAUCAAAAAGCUGAUGUCAAUGCUGUUGAUCAAAAUGGAGAAACUCCGGCACAUUUGGCAACAAUUAAUUGCCAACUUGGAAUUUUACAGAAACUUGGAGAAGCUGGUGCUAAUUUGGACAUCAAAGAUAAUGAUGGAAAUGCUCCUCUUCAUAUUGCAGCACAUCAGCAAAAUGAAGAUUUCGUUAUGACAUUGAUUAAAUUCAAUGCAAAAGUUGAUACAACCGAUGCUAAAGGACAAACUCCUUUACAUAUUACUGCUGAUUUAUGUAAUAUGAAACUAACACAGUUGUUAUUAGAAAAUGGAGCUCCUAUCAAUGUUGUUGAUGUUGAUAAGAACUCACCUUUGCAUUUGGCCGCACUAAAAAUGGAUAAAAAGAUUGUUGAAACACUGAUAAAUGCAGGUGCUGAUGUAAAACUGAUGAAUGAAAAAGGUUUGACACCGUUACAAGGUGUUAGAUUGACUUUCUCUAAGUUCAUGAGACAGAUUGUUGAAAAGAGAGAUGAAGAGAACGCAAAGAAUAAGAAGGAUGAUUAUGUUCCUGGAACAAUUAUGGCACAAACAGAUAAACCUCAGGAAUUGUACGCGGAAUUGGAUAUGAAAGAAACACCUUGUUUACUUUGUAGAAGAAGAGUCGCAGUUGCAGCAAUGAUCCCAUGUGGACAUAUCUGCUGCUGCGAAGUAUGUUUGAAGGAUAGAAUAGAGAUGCAAAAGGUUUGUCCUUUCUGCAAACAACCAAUAACUGGAGCUCUUAACAUUGUUUCUGAAUAA